CACCAAUACUGACCGCAGACCAGCCCACUCUGAACCAGAGUCACCCUCUCCACCCUCCCACCGGCAACGUGGCAACACUCGAUGUGUUUUCUUCUCAUCUUUCACAAAUCCGAGGAGACGAAUUUCCACGUAUUCAAGAAAUCAAUGAGUAAUGUGUGUUAUUACUUAUUAUAUUUAGCCUGAGGACUGAUUCAAUCUUUUUCUGCUGAUCUUGGACUACAGCUGUCAAACUCCUCAGGGCGGGCUCCUGUGUUUACUUUCACAGAGGAGAGAGAGAGAAAGAGAAAGAGAGAGAGAGAGAGAGAGAUAGAGAGAGAGAUAGAGAGAGAGAGAGAGGUUUGAUACACGCUGCAAACAUAACGGACAUAGAGAAGCACUUUACACACAUUCAGACUCUUAAUGGUGCAGAUUUUUCAACUCUUUCUUUUCUGUUACUUGUAUGAUUCACAGUCUGAUUUGGGCUGGUGUCUCUGCAGUAACUACGCUUAGUUAUGGAUCACAGUCUUCGGUGAACUUUAUCCUCUUGUUAUCAAGCUGACCUGUUAUCAGCUCAUGGUGUGUGAGCUCCCAGUGAAAUGAUGUGGCAGUUGCAGCUGUACUUUGACUGCGUCUGAGCUGUGUUCCAACAGCAGGAGUAAACCCAUCAUGGAUCACAGAGGUCACCCCUGGCCUGACCCCGGCCAUCAGUACCCCCACAGGACUAAAGACAGAGAGGACUACAGCAGGUACCCCCAGCAGGAGUGGGACCAGAGCUGUCCAACUCCAGACCCCAGAGAGAGGGACAGACCCUGGGCUCAUCCCGAUGCCCGCUACAGUCCUCACUACGCCAGUCCUCCUGUCAGACCUGAGCAGUAUCCCUCCAACUACCAGCAGUAUGCCUACGGCCAUGGGCGAGCAGACCACCAAAGACCCCAGUCCAGCCACUGGGACUACAGAGACAACUAUGGUUAUUACGAUCAGGACUACUACAGAGGACAGCAUGGUCGACAAGAUGCUGCCCAGCGGACUCCCCAAGAAUCAAGGAGAGCAGAUGGUUAUCAUGACAGAAACUACAAGCAGGAACACUCAGGGAGCUCCUACUUAGAGGACAACAGGUAUGCCCACUUGAGAGACAACUCCCAGCGUCACAUCAAUAACUAUGAAGAAACUCCUUCCAGGGAGAAUGAAGAAGUUUCCUCUUAUCACCUGGGGACAUUAGAAAGUUCUAAAACCUCAGGGUUGUCUUCCAGCUGCUAUGAACUGAGUCAAUACAUUGAUGGAAGUGAACACAGCGACUCUGUGCCACCGACUGUUCACGCCUCUGAUGAAGACCAUGGAGCCGUACAUCAGACGUCAGCUCCUCUGAAGUACUCGGUCCCUCACGCUGUGGUCAGCUUCGGACCUGCAGGACAGCUGAUUCGAGUCGCUCCGGGCUUUUCCACACAGAAGAACUUCAGUCAGCUGGAAAUCCACAGCCUGGAAGUUAUUCUGAGUGAGACACAGGAACAGCAGGAGAUGAGAAACUUCCCUGGUCCCUUAACUAGGGAAGAUUUGCACAAAGUAGAUGCUAUGGAUUUUGCCCAGAAGGAAGCAGGAGCUUGUAUUAGGGAUGAAAAACUGCAGGACAAGAGCUCUGCUGCCCUCUUGUGGAAUCUGCUGAUACUGCUCUGCAGACAGAAUGGACAAAUAGUGGGAUCAGAUAUUGCAGAGUUGCUGAUGCAGGGCUCACGUUCAGAUGGAAGCUGGGAGAUAGAAGCCCCCACGCUCAUUGACUUCAGUGAGGGCACGGCUGCAGAAGCGCCACCUCAAACAGGAGAUGACCUGCUCAUGGGAUCCUGCAGCUUCAGCUCUGAGACCUCGGAGAAGGCCCUGCACAGUUACACUGAGCUGCUGCUGGCUGGAAGAAAGAAGGAGGCCUUGGAGUCAGCUAUGAGCAGCGGCCUGUGGGGGCAUGCACUUUUUCUGGCCAGCAAAAUGGACAGCAGGUCCUACACCAGCGUGCUGAACAGGUUUACAGGCCAGCUAACGGCCAGUGAUCCCCUCCAGACUCUCUUCCAGCUGCUGUCUGGGAGAAUCCCUGCGGUUGCCACGUGCUGUGGAAAUGAAAAACGAGGAGACUGGAGGCCACAUCUGGCCGUCAUGCUCUCCAAUGAGACGGGAGAUCCAGCUGUCCAGCGGAAGGCCAUCAUCACCACAGGAGACACACUGGCUUCCAGACGCCUCCUGCACGCCGCCCACGUGUGCUACCUGACAGCCGGCGUUCCCUUUGGGGCGUUCACACAGAAGGCAGAGAGACUGGUGCUUCUGGGCAGCAGCCAUAGGCAACCAUUUGAAUACUUUGCCACAAACUCAGCCAUCCAGUGCACCGAGUUGUACGAAUAUUGCCUGACUCUUGGAGAAAAAAGUUUUUCAAUACCGUCCUUUCAGGUGUAUAAGUUCCUCUAUGCCAGUCGACUGCUGGAUUGUGGACUUGCCUCUCAGGCCUUCCAUUACUGUGAGGUGGUUGGCCAUGCAAUCCUCCGACAGAGGGAGCCUUUCUUUGUGCUGACUGGGGAGGUUAUUAAGUUGGCAGACAGACUUAGACACACUGAGGGUCAGUUCAGUGAGGGAGGUGUUAGUGCAGCUGGGCAGGAACCUGAUUGGCUGAGACAGAUGCGUGCUAGGCACCACAGCUUACAGACCGGGAGUUACGACUGCACUGAAACAUACCAGCCAGAACCUGAGGUAUGUGCUUUGGCCCAUGAUGAUAGCGAAGUGUACUCAGGAUUGGACGACCUAAACCGUGACAUUCUGAGCCCUGAGCCUGAACUCCUUUACUACAGAGGCAAUGAGGAUCAAGAAAGCCUCCUGAAUCAAACUGAAGCAAGCACUGAGGAAAUGUUAUCAUCAUACAUCACAGGAGCUCAGCACUGGCCAGGAGCCAGUCCUCCGCUUCCAGUCACCAUGGUCAAUGCUCCCCCACUGUCCAAAGUGGCCCAGAGUCAAGACUUCAGUUAUCAUAACACAGAUAGUGCUGAAGUCAGAAGUGCCUUGACACAUUGUCCACCGAGUGAUGUGCCUUCAGCAGGAGGGGGGGCCUGGUCUUUCUCUGGAACAGGCAAGAUGCCCGAGGCUGACAUCAGUCACCAGGGGUAUGACCAGCAGAGAACACAAGAACGUUUCAAGCCCUCUGAGCAGACGAACCAGCCCCGGGAACAGGGCACCAAGGUGGGGUGGUUCAGUGGCUGGUUUAAAUCCAAACCAAAUGAUGUCCAAAAGGAGAGUUCAGAGCAGAGGAGCACAGCUCAGAUGGAGCAACCACCCACCACUGGACCACUCUGUCGUCCUCCACCUGCUGCGAUGGUCUCUCUCAACACGUUUCCAUCCCAGCCCUCUUCUGCUGCGAUCAAUCCCUUCUCAAGGAAAGCAGUUUGACACAGCAGGUCAGCAGCUGGGGUAGGAACCAUGGGAAGACCACUAUUCUACAUCUCAGGAGCAGUGACUGCAAAGGGAGGCUCUCACACCAUCAGUGAAUAAAAGUCUUAUAAGGGAAAUACCUGAGUUCAGAAGAACAGCAUGAAAGUCAAUUCCACUCAUUACUGCCCACAUUUCUUUUUAAGGAUGUUCUUUCCAACCCCCACAGCUUGCUCACCAUCAUGUGGCAUAUUAGAUACGGAAAUACUCUGAAGGUACUGGCACAGCAACUCGUAUUACAGAGACUGAAGCAGCUGAGGAGGGCUUCCCAAAAGCUGACAGUGGGGAAAUUACCAAUGAUUGCAGGACAUGCUGGAUGAAAGGGAUACCUUAAUUAAUCUUAGUAACUGUGUCUGCAUAAGGCAGCACUGAGGAGAGCUUUAAUGUGGUGGUAUGUAUGUAACUGCCCACUGAGUAUCAGUGUCAUCAGACUCUCACAGCUCACAUCUCUUUGAAAUGAUUAUCCUUAACACCGUAAAUGCUUAAAUAGAAUACCUAUGAGCUAAAUUAAAGUUAUCUUCAAUAGUACAUCAUUCUCAUUCUAUCUCAUCUUUUUUUAUGGUAAAAUAUUAAACACAAUUUAGCUGUGCAUGAAAAAACACAUUAAAACAGAAUAAAUGUAAUAUAAUGCUGUGAUCAUUUAUUGGCUGGACAGAAGAAGAGUUUGUAGUCUGAUUGACGAGUAAAUCAUUGCACAAUGUGAGCAAUAUAGUUUUAGAUAUAAUAAUAUAUAGUACAUAUCUUUAAAGAUUGUAAGAGCAUGUUGGCAUGCUGCCAGAUCGGAUGACACCACAUGGUUGAGGGGGGAUGGGGGACCAAGGUAAAGAACUCUGCUAGUUUACAGCCCUGUUAUAAUAAUGUGCUUGGCGACAAAUCUACUGGAGGCUCUUUAUAUGUAUAUAGAGCCCAUACAGCAGUAAUAUAUAAUUUUAUACCAUUUUUUGAAUACCCUGUCACCUUGAAAACAUGUUUUGAUGUAAUUGAGAUGUGAGUUUUUUUUACCACCUUCAUAUGACUUUGUGCCUUAUGUAUUAUACCUGAAUGCUUUUUGCAUAUCUGAAACAGCACAUGAACAGUCUCGAUUAUAAAUCUAUUAUAUAUAUAUAUAUAAAUA